UCCGGCCCAUGGCCGCCCCCGCCGCCGCCCGCCCCUCGGGCUCCCCCGCCCGGGCCCGGCCCGGCCCGGCCCCGGCUCCGCCUUCGAGCGCCCCGGCCCGGCCAUGAGCCGCUGGUAGCGGCCGCGCCCGGUGCGCCCGGCCCCGGCCCGGGCCUGCCCCGAGCCCCCGCCGGUCAAGAUGUCUUCGCGCUCCGCCCUGGCGGCGGGGAACGAGCGGAACGCGGACACGCUGGCAGGCCUGGGGGGCAGCCGCUCGGAGAAGGGCUCGGCCUGGUCCAGCCGCUCGCUGGGCGCCCGCUGCCGCAACUCCAUCGCCUCCUGCCCCGAGGAGCAGCCCCACAUCGGCAACUACCGCCUGCUGCGCACCAUUGGCAAGGGCAACUUCGCCAAGGUCAAGCUGGCCCGCCACAUCCUCACUGGCCGCGAGGUGGCCAUAAAAAUCAUCGACAAGACGCAGCUGAACCCCACCAGCCUCCAGAAGCUCUUCCGUGAAGUUCGCAUCAUGAAGGGGCUGAACCACCCCAACAUCGUGAAACUGUUUGAGGUCAUCGAGACGGAGAAGACGCUGUACCUGGUGAUGGAGUAUGCUAGUGCUGGCGAAGUGUUCGACUACCUCGUGUCCCACGGGAGGAUGAAGGAGAAGGAGGCGCGGGCCAAGUUCAGACAGAUCGUCUCGGCUGUGCACUACUGCCACCAGAAGAACAUCGUCCACCGCGAUCUCAAGGCAGAGAACCUGCUGCUGGACGCCGACGCCAACAUCAAGAUCGCGGACUUUGGCUUCAGCAACGAGUUCACGCUGGGCUCCAAGCUGGACACCUUCUGCGGGUCGCCCCCGUACGCCGCCCCCGAGCUCUUCCAGGGCAAGAAGUACGACGGCCCCGAGGUGGACAUCUGGAGCCUGGGCGUCAUCCUCUACACCCUGGUCAGCGGCUCCCUGCCCUUCGAUGGACACAACCUCAAGGAGCUGCGGGAGCGGGUGCUGCGGGGCAAGUACCGGGUGCCCUUUUACAUGUCGACCGACUGCGAGAACAUCCUGCGCCGCUUCCUGGUGCUCAACCCGGCCAAGCGCUGCACCCUCGAGCAAAUCAUGAAGGACAAAUGGAUCAACAUCGGCUACGAGGGCGACGAGCUGAAGCCCUACAAGGAGCCUGAGGAGGACUUUGGGGACGCCAAGCGCAUCGAGGUGAUGGUGGGCAUGGGCUACAGCCGGGAGGAGAUCAAGGAGUCGCUGAGCACCCAGAAGUACAACGAGGUGACGGCCACCUACCUCCUGCUGGGCAGGAAGACCGAGGUGGAGGCCGGCGAGCCGCGCGGGGGCAGCAGCCUGGCGCUGGCCCGGGUGCGGGCACCCAGCGAGGCGGCCAACGGCAAGGUGCCAUCGCAUGGAAAGAGCCAGCGCGGGGCCACCACCUACCACCGGCAGCGGCGGCACAGCGACUUCUGCGGCCCCUCGCCGGUGCCCAUGCCCCCCAAGCGCAGCCCCACCAGCGCGGGGGACGCGGAGCUGAAGGAGGAGCGGCUGCCCCCCCGCAAGGCCAGCUGUAGCAUGGGGGGCGGGGGGCGCGGGAUGCCCCCCUCCAGCCCCAUGGUCGGCAGCGCCAACAACCCCAACAAGGCGGAGAUCCCCGAGCGCCACAAGGACGGCGCCAUCAACCCGAGCACCCUGCCCUGCAGCGUGAUGGGGCGCCGGAACACCUACGUCUGCAGUGAGCGCCCCGGCCCCCCGCUGCUGCACAACGGCAAGGACAGCAGCGGCGCGGGGGGCCGGGCGCCAGCGGCGUCCCCCUCCAGCCCCAGCGUGGGGCGGUUGGCGCGGGGCAGCAGCGGCCGCAGCACCUUCCACGGGGGGGGCCAGGGCAGGGAGCGGCGCCCGGCCCCACCCACCCCCCCCCCCGCCGCCAACGGGGCCCCCGAGGGCUCCCCCCCGGCCCCGCCGCCCCCCCCCGAGGCCUCCCCCCUGCCCCACGGCCGCGCGCGCGCCACCGCCAACCUCUUCUCCAAGCUCACCUCCAAGCUCAGCCGCAGGGUGACGCUGGACCCGUCCAAGCGGCAGAGCUCCAACCGCUGCGUCUCGGCCGCCCCCCCGCCGCCCGCCGCCAAGAUCAGGUCGCAGACGAACCUGAGAGAGUCGGGGGACCUGCGCUCACAAGUUGCCAUCUACCUUGGGAUCAAACGGAAGCCGAACCCCGGCUGCUCCGACGGCCCCGGCCUGUGAAGGCCGAGGUUUGCCGGCCCCCGCGCCGCGGCCUCCACGGCGAUCUCUUCCCACCCGGCGCCUUCCGCGAUGCCCUGCCACGCGUGGCCGGGCAGCUCCGGCUCUAGGGAACGCCGUGGGGACCCCCCCGGGGGCUGCGCCG